AUGCCACCAACUACCACUAAAGCUAACACGACCAAACACGUUAAAUCUCAUUAUGGAUGUUUAUCAUGCAAAUCAAGAAAGAUUAAAUGCGAUGAGACUAAGCCUGUUUGCAGGAGAUGUAAGAUCCAGCACUUAGACUGUGUGUAUAGCCCAGAUUGGUCUCAACGUCGCAAAAGAGCUCGUGAAGACGCAGUGGCAAAGAGUUCUGCCAGUCCCAGCACUGCCUCUUCAACACCUGUUGACAGUUCCCAAUUAAGGCCUCGCUUUGAUGCUUUUACUUCAACUGAGCCGAUUGCCAACAUUCCUAUAACUACAGAACUUAAGCUGCUAUAUCACUGGACGGCCUUUACUUGGCAAACUUUCCGUGCUUAUGACACGUAUUUCCAGACAGAAAUUCCCAAGCAGGCUUUUGAAUAUCGCCUGCUGCUAGAUUCGAUAUUGCUAUUAGCUGCAGCCCAUUCCUAUCAUCUUGAACCAACUGAAGAGAUUCACGAUGCAUUAGAGGUAUACAAAUACAGGACGAUAGUGGGUGUUCGACACGAGAUUCAAAAUGCAGCUAUGGGGACUCAACCUCCAGCUGGACUAGCAUGGUCCAGUGCAUUUCUAGCAGUAUUCUACCUAACAUGCGAGAGUGACAGAGAAUUUGCAGGGCUGUCCCAGGGAUGGAGGCCGCUUUUCCAGGGCAUGAAAGAUAUAUUUCUUGCCAUGAAGAAGGAUGAGUUGCCAGUGGUUCUAAAAAGUGUUCCACGGAUGGAUGACAACCAUGACAGUGAAAAGUAUUUUGUUCUACUGGAAAAUAUAUAUAAGGAUAGGGCAAGUGGGGAGGCCUUGAUGGUAUAUGAAGAAACAGCGAAAUCUUUAGCUCUAUAUAUUGCCAAGCUAUUAUCGAAUCCUGAAGAUAACGCUGCUAUUCAUGUUUCACGAUGGAUUCUAGCUGGCAUGUCAGACGACUUUGUGCGGCUUGUUAACGACUUUGAUCCUGUAGCUUUAACGUUCUUGGCAACUUUUUUCUCAGUCAUGUCAUCUCUACCAUUUUGGUUUUACGGUAUUUAUGCUUGGAAACAUCAUUUGCGAAUCAAAGCAAAGAUUCCGCCAGAUAUGCAUCAUUUUCUCGAACCUAGUUAUAUUGGACUCAAAUCGACACCACCUUAUCAAGAUAAUCCAACAACCACCGUGAAGAUCGAGACCAAGACGCCAUAA